AUGGAGAGUCGAUUGAGCCCGAACGGGAGGAAGCAUCGGCCCUUAGGGUUGCAAAAUCGGGACAACAACUGCUACCUAAAUAGCGUUCUUCAGUGCCUCACCUUCACUACUCCCCUUGCCGAUUUCUGCCUUGGUCGCCAACACUCCUCUAAGUGCCACUCACUUGUGGAUGGGGAUGAUUGUCCUUUUUGUAUCCUUGAGAAAAGAAUAACAAGGUCUCUUACCUUGGAGCUAACUCAUGACGAACCAGGCCAGAUUUUAAGCUCCCUUGGCAUUUUUGCUAAGGAUUUUGCGGCUAGUCGCCAAGAGGAUGCUCAUGAGUUCUUGCGAUGUGUGAUUCAUGCAUGCCAAUAUAUUUCUCCUCGCCUGAGGACAUCGGAAACAGGUGAUGCUGAGCCCUUUACCGGCGAAUCUGUGCUCAAGGAGAUUUUUGGUGGUGCUUUGCAGAGCCGGGUGGAGUGUCCAUCAUGUGAAGCGGACUCAAUUCAGGUGGAAGAGACUAUGGAUAUCAGCCUUGAUAUUUCGCACAGUGAUUCAGUGAAGGAGUCAUUACAAAUGUUUUUUGAGCGUGAGAUUUUAGAUGACAACAACAAAUUUACUUGCGCCAAAUGUAAUCAGGUGGUAAAGGCGACGAAGCAGUUGUCGCUACUCGAAGCCCCUAAUGUCCUUGUCAUCCAUUUGAAAAGGUUUGAUAAUGUGAGCAACAAGAUUGAGAAGCCCAUUGCAUUUGAUAAGAUUCUGGUUCUCUCGAGCUUCUUGGAUGAAGCAAGCAAGGACCAUCAAGCUGAAUAUGAGCUUUUUGGGGUAAUUUUGCACUCAGGAUCAACUCUUGAAUCUGGGCACUAUUGUGCAUAUGUUAAGGAUUCCUUGGAUCAAUGGUAUUGCUGCGAUGAUAUGCUAGUCUCACUCUCCACCUUGCAAGGUGUUUCUUUAGAGGAAGCAUAUAUUCUGUUUUACAGUCGUUCCAACCAAAGGCCAGCCUCUGCUGAAGCUUUGAACUCCUCUGAGGGAAGUCUUUCCAUGUUAAGUGAAAAUGUGUACGUGGUGGAGCGUGAUUUUGAUAAGAUUACUGCGCGACUUAAGAAGCUUAGCUAUGGGCUUAGCAGCGACCAUUGCGACCCUGGCCUUGUUGCGCAGAAAGUCUGUGCCACUUUCUGUAAGGAAUUUACCACUGAUCAACUUGACGAGUUGGCUGCUGACAUUGCUGCUGCCAUGACCUGUAGCCAUCCUGAUUAUGCAUCUCUUGCUGCUAGGAUUGCUGUCUCAAAUCUUCAUCAGAACACUAAGGAAUCAUUUUCUGAGACGGUUCAUGACAUGUUCAAUAAUAUCAAUGAGAGAUCUGGACUGCAGGCUUCUCUACUAGAUUAUGAUGUAUUUUUGAUAGUUGAGAAGAGAUUGUACCUCAUGAAAAUCCAAGGGAAAGUUGUUGAAAGGCCUCAACACAUGCUUAUGAGGGUUGCUCUUGGAAUCCACACAGACGAUAUCGAAUCUGCAAUCGAAACUUACCAUUUGAUGUCUCAGAGAUGGUUCACUCACGCUUCUCCUACUCUCUGUAACGCAGGAACUCCAAGACCUCAAUUAAGCAGCUGCUUUCUUAUCUGCAUGAAAGAUGAUAGCUUCGAGGACAUAUAUGAAACUCUCAAAGAGUGUGUUGUUAUAAGCAACUCUGGUGGCAGUAUUGGUGUCUCAGUUCAUAAUGCCCCUGCAACUGGAAGCUACAUCUGUGGCACAAAUGGAAUGUCUAAUGGUAUUGCUCAAUUGCUGCGUGUACUCAACAAUACCGCUCACUAUGCUCGUUAUGUUGAUCAAGGAGGAGGCAAACCGAGUGGAGCCUUUGCUGUAUACCUGGAGCCAUGGCAUGCUGACAUCUAUGACUAUCUAGAGCUCGGGAAGAACGACGGAAAGGAGGAGCACAGAGCUAGAGACUUGUCUUAUGCUCUUUGGGUUCCAGAUCUUUUCAUGCAGAGAGUCAAGAGUGAUGGGGAGUGGUCACUGUUUUGUCCUAAUGAAGCUCCGGGUUUGGCAGAUUGCUGGGGGAAGGAAUUUGAAAGUCUGUACAUGAAGUAUGAAAGAGAGGGAAAGGCCAAGAAGGUUGUUGAGGCGCAAGAUCUUUGGCUUGAAAUCUUGAUAUCUCAGCUAGAAACAGGAGGAAUGCCAUACAUGCUUUUCAAGGAUACAUGCAACAGGAAAAGCAAUCAGCAAAAUGUAGGUACCAUAACGUCCUCCAGUUUAUGCGGUGAAGUUAUUGAAUACAGUAGUCCAACAGAAACUGCUGUGUGCAACAAUGCAUCAAUUGCUUUGCCUAGAUUUGUAAGGGAGAAGAACGUCCCAUUGGAGCCUCAUCCAUCUAUCCUCGUUGGCAGUCUCGGCUCAAAGAAUCGUUACUUUGAUUUUGACAUGUUAGCCAAGGUAACCGCAAUUGUUGCUAGUGAUCUAGAUAAGAUCAUUGAUGUAAAUCACUAUCCUGUGGACACUGCAAGAACUUCAAACAUGCGUCAUAGACCUAUUGGUAUAGGUGUACAAGGUCUUGCAGAUGCAUUUAUCCUCCUUGGAAUGCCAUUUGACUCUCCAGAGGCCCGGCAACUGAAUAAGGAUAUAUUUGAAACCAUAUACUACCAUGCACUCAAAGCAUCUUCAGAGCUUACUAUAAUAUAUGGUGCGUACGAGACAUACAAAGGAAGUCCCGGGAUUCUUCAACCAGACAUGUGGAAUGUAACUCCAUCAAAGCGUUGGGACUGGGAUUUGCUUAGGGACAUGAUAUCAAAGAAUGGAGUGAGGAACUCUCUUUUGGUAGCAUUGAUGCCAACUGGUUCAACCAGUCAGAUUCUCGGGAACAGCGAAAGUUUCGAGCCAUAUACAUCAAACAUCUACAGCCACAGAGGCUUGAGUGGUGAAAUCGUGCAUGUGAAUAAGCAUCUUCUUCAUGACUUAACUGAUAUGGGACUUUGGAGUGAAGCUCUCAAAAGCAAGAUCAUUCGUGAGAACGGAUCUGUGGCAAAUGUCCAAGAGAUUCCUGAAGAACUAAAGAAAAUUUACCGAGUUGCGUGGGAAGUGAAGCAAGUAUCCUUGGUCGACAUGGCGGUUGAUCGUGGAGGCUACAUAGAUCAAAGCCAAACCUUAAAUAUCCAAUUGGACAAAGCUGAUUGCGUUAAAAUAACCCUAUUACAUUUCCUUACAUGGAAAAUGGGGUUGAAAACUGGGAUUUGCAACCUGCGAUCACGUAGAUAG